UGGAGAGCCUGGAAGUUUAUUUAGGAGUAGAAGAGGAAAUGAAACUACGAAAAGCCACAGUACGAUUCCUCCUUUUCUUGGAGACAAGGCACAAUGUGAAUAAUUCUCUCAUCCUGUCCAAUUAACUGCCUCAAGUACACACACACACACACACACACACACACACACACACACACACAGAGAGAGAGAGAGAGAGAGAGAGAGAGAGAGAGAGAGAGAGAAUGUACACUAUUAUUAUUUGAUUAGGAAGACAUUAAUGAAAAAGCUCGGAACGGGAUGCUAAACAACAAAGCCCUAUGCAAAUCACUUCCUUUCGGAUUGAAGGUUUGUCUCCUACAGAAAAACCAAUGCUAAAGAAACAGGCGGAGAGGCUGAAGGUGGAGAGCAAAAGAAAAAGAAAGAAAAUAGCUUGAACGAGGAAAGGGACUGGCAGGAGGAGGACAGAGCAAGCCUCUCUCAGAGAGAAAUUACAGAAAAACGGAAGGAGGUUUGGGAAAACCCAGUCUAAGCUGCUCCGACGGCUGGGCUGGGCGUGGGCAAGGUGCCUCCUUGGACGGUCCGCGCGCCUGCCAGACGCGUCCUUCCACUACCCGUCCAGCCACCUGGCGCUGGUCGGGCUUUGCGAGGUGGUUUAGGAACCGCGGAGUCAUUCGAUUUGAAAUCUUCUCCAAUAAGCUUCUCCGUGUGCCGACGUGGGCAGCAUCUCUGGCGCCUCCCGCCCUCGCCCGCCGCCUGCCAGAUCCGAAACAGACAGUCCCAGACAUUUCGCGAGGGGGACGGUUCCAGAAAUCGAAGAUCUGAGCGUGGUGAAUGAAAUGUGAACAGAAUAGCUCCGGAAAGUCUCAGAAACCUUGAAUUGGGGUCAGUUUGGAGACUGGAAAUGCGUCGAGCGCUGCAGGUGGUGGUUGGCAGGGGGAUUUAACACUGUGGAGCCCUUACUCCGUCCCAGGCGCCGAGCCCAGCGAGCCACGCGCGGUGCCCAGCUCGGUGAGGUCGGUUAGUUGGGUCUUCAGGGAGGCUAAAUACCCUGUAUUUGCUAUUCCUUUCACCUGGAACGCUCUGUGCGAGACUGGGUGUGGCAGCUCCUUUCCCAGGCUCAGGAAUCUGGGUAAAAGCCACCCUCGCCUAGAGGCCCUCAGGGUGAGCGCCCCAUCACGCGCUAAACCACUUUCGAAAGUGGACUUGGCCCUCCUCUCAGUACUAACACUCUGUCAGCCUUUUAUUUUUUGCAUAGAUAUGUAUUUUGUCUUCUUUAUUGUCUGUCUUUCCACAAAAAAUGCAAGCCCCGUGAGUACUGGAGCCUGGUGCGCCUUUCUCACAGUUGCAAGCUCGCAACUGCUCCUGGCAUAUACUAGGUGCUCACUAAAUGCUCAUGCCCUUCCCACCCGCCACCUGCGACACUCGACACAUUUGCAGUCUGCAAACUGACCCCAAACCAUCAGCUGCUUGCAUUCGUCCUAGGAUCAAAGAAGGCCAUUGGGCUAAUGGGAAGUCAAGUCGGGUGGACUUUUCCGUCUUUCAGGGAGAUUUAAUAGUAACGACGGUGCUCUCCCCACCUCCUGCCCCCUUGCACAUAAACUGCACAGAACAAAAUCACCCCGGCACGAAUCUGCACGACUGCCUCUGGAGGUAGGGUCACGGUCUCCGAGCCCCGGGUCUCACACUGAUGCUGUCCUUUGUCAUCUCGUGCCUAGAGUGCUGCCUCCCUAUGUAUUUCCUCUGUUCUCGACUCCUCUGCCACAGUCGGACUUUCUCGGGAGGUCGAGUUCUUCUAGCCUGUGCAACCGCAAGGGUCCCCUGGAGCCUUCUCCGUAAACCUGCCCCUCCCGCGCUGCCCUCACUUUUUCCUCCUUCCCUGGCCCGGAAAAGCCACUAGAGGAACAUUUACCGAACGCCUACCGCGCGCAGGCACCGAGCUGGGCCACCGGGAGCCCCACCCAGUGCCCCGCCGCAGGACUCGCCUCCCUCCACCCUCCCAACCCAUCUGGAAUCCGGGGUCCCUAGUUCCCCCGCUGCGUCAUGGAAUCCGCUGGCUUCUUCCGAGGACAUCGCCCCACCUCCUUCCCGAAAGGCGACUUCUGAUUGGUGGGAUUGUGCAUCACUCUGCCGCCCUCCCGACCCCUCGGGGCCCCGCCCCUGGGCCUCUCAGGCCCCGCCCCUGCGCCCCCGCCCCUGCGCGGCUCCUCGGGCUAAUCGCCGGGCGGCGCGCGCCGAGAAGUUCUGGGCAAAGUACUCAGAACUGGCCGCGUGCUGGUGGCACCCGCCAGCCGGCCCGGGAGAGGGGACCCGAGCGCUUCGCGGCCGGUGCGCAGCGCGGCUCCGGCCCCACAGUCUGUCUGCAAGUGGCCAUUCCCGCCCCCGACUCCUGCGGCCGGUGCGGGAGCUGUCAACUGCACGUUGCGGGGGGACCGGAGAAGCCGGGGUUGCCUUGUCCCAGUUCUGUGCGCUAAUCCCGGAGCCCGGCCCCGGGGAACUAGGGAGCGUCUCCGGGUGCACAGCGCUCAGGUUUUAGGGUUUCCUUUGGGCCACCCAAAAUGUUUUUUAAGUACUUUGGAUAAGAGCUAAACCACCUGCCACUGGGGACUUCCAUACUCUCGGCUCCCUUGUCAUCGGAUGGCAUUUUGAUUGUCUCGAGGCCAAGUGACUUGCUGUCCAUGAUGAGUGAUGAGAAGAACCUUGGUGUGUCCCAAAAAUUGGUAUCACCUUCAAGGAGCACAAGUAGCUGCUCUUCCAAGCAAGGAAGUCGACAGGACAGCUGGGAAGUGGUGGAAGGACUGAGGGGGGAGAUGAAUUACACCCAGGAGCCACCAGUUCAGAAAGGAUUUUUGCUGAAAAAGAGGAAAUGGCCCUUAAAAGGCUGGCAUAAGAGAUUCUUCUAUCUGGACAAAGGAAUCUUGAAAUAUGCCAAGAGCCAAACCGAUAUAGAGAGAGAGAAGCUGCAUGGCUGCAUUGAUGUCGGGCUGUCAGUAAUGUCUGUAAAGAAGUCAUCAAAAUGCAUAGACCUUGACACUGAGGAGCACAUCUACCAUCUGAAGGUCAAGUCAGAAGAAGUCUUUGAUGAGUGGGUAUCGAAACUUCGCCACCACAGAAUGUAUCGUCAGAAUGAAAUUGCCAUGUUUCCACAUGAAGUUAACCACUUUUUCUCAGGGUCCACCAUCACAGACUCUUCAUCUGGGGUGUUUGACUCCAUUUCAAGUAGGAAGCGUAGCAGUAUAUCAAAGCAGAAUUUAUUUCAAACUGGAAGCAAUGUAUCAUUUUCUUGCGGUGGUGAGACACGAGUUCCAUUAUGGUUACAGUCUUCAGAGGACAUGGAAAAAUGCUCCAAAGACCUGGCGCACUGUCAUGCCUACCUGGUAGAAAUGAGCCAGCUCCUGCAAAGCAUGGACGUCCUGCAUCGGACAUACUCGGCACCAGCUAUCAACGCCAUCCAGGGUGGAUCUUUUGAAAGUCCCAAAAAGGAAAAAAGAUCGCACAGGAGGUGGCGGUCCAGAGCUAUUGGCAAAGAUGCUAAAGGAACACUGCAGGUCCCGAAACCUUUUUCUGGCCCAGUAAGACUACACUCCUCCAAUCCUAAUUUGUCAACACUAGAUUUUGGAGAAGAGAAAAAUUAUUCUGAUGGCUCUGAAACCUCAUCGGAGUUUUCUAAAAUGCAAGAAGAUCUGUGUCAUAUUGCCCAUAAAGUUUACUUCACUUUAAGGUCAGCUUUUAAUAUCAUGUCAGCGGAGAGAGAGAAACUGAAGCAGCUGAUGGAGCAGGAUGCCUCCUCCUCCCCGUCUGCUCAGGUCAUUGGUCUGAAGAACGCCCUGUCAUCCGCCCUAGCACAAAACACAGAUCUUAAAGAACGCUUACGCAGAAUCCAUGCCGAGUCUCUGCUCCUCGACUCCCCCGCUGUCGCCAAGUCGGGUGACAAUCUGGCAGAGGAAAACUCCAGAGAUGAAAACCGAGCUCUAGUUCAUCAGCUUUCUAAUGAAAGUAGACUCUCCAUCACUGACUCCCUUUCUGAGUUUUUUGAUGCUCAGGAAGUUCUGUUAUCUCCAAGCUCUUCAGAAAAUGAGAUUUCUGAUGAUGACUCAUAUGUCAGUGACAUAAGUGAUAAUCUUUCCUUAGAUAAUCUCAGUAAUGAUUUAGAUAAUGAGAGACAGACCUUGGGGCCUGUCCUUGAUAGUGGUCGGGAAGCGAAGUCCCAGAGAAGAACGUGCCUGCCGGCGCCCUGCCCGAGCAGCAGUAACAUCAGCCUGUGGAACAUCCUGAGGAACAACAUCGGGAAGGACCUGUCCAAGGUGGCCAUGCCGGUGGAGCUGAACGAGCCCCUGAACACGCUGCAGAGGCUCUGCGAGGAGCUGGAGUACAGCGAGCUCCUGGACAAGGCUGCGCAGAUUCCCAGCCCCCUGGAAAGGAUGGUGUAUGUGGCAGCCUUUGCCGUAUCAGCGUAUGCAUCUAGCUACUACCGAGCUGGAAGCAAGCCAUUUAAUCCGGUUCUUGGAGAAACAUAUGAAUGUAUUCGGGAGGACAAGGGCUUCCAGUUUUUUUCAGAACAGGUCAGCCACCAUCCGCCUAUCUCUGCGUGUCAUGCUGAGUCUAGAAAUUUUGUUUUCUGGCAAGAUGUGAGAUGGAAAAACAAAUUCUGGGGCAAAUCCAUGGAAAUUGUUCCAAUUGGCACAACCCAUGUGACUCUGCCAGUUUUUGGGGAUCAUUUUGAGUGGAACAAAGUGACCUCUUGCAUCCAUAACAUCUUAAGUGGGCAGAGGUGGAUUGAGCACUAUGGAGAGAUUGUCAUCAAGAACCUGCAUGAUGAUUCCUGCUACUGCAAAGUGAAUUUUAUAAAGGCAAAAUACUGGAGCACUAAUGCCCAUGAGAUUGAAGGCACAGUGUUUGACAGGAGUGGAAAAGCGGUUCAUCGGCUGUUUGGGAAAUGGCAUGAAAGCAUCUACUGUGGCGGCGGCUCCUCUUCUGCCUGUGUAUGGAGAGCAAAUCCUAUGCCGAAAGGCUACGAGCAAUACUAUAGCUUCACACAGUUUGCGCUGGAAUUAAAUGAAAUGGAUCCAUCAUCAAAGUCUUUAUUGCCACCUACUGACACUCGAUUUAGGCCAGACCAGAGGUUUCUAGAAGAAGGGAACUUAGAAGAAGCUGAAAUACAAAAGCAGAGGAUUGAACAACUGCAGAGAGAAAGGCGGCGGGUCUUAGAAGAAAAUCAUGUGGAGCACCAGCCUCGGUUUUUCAGGAAAUCCGACGAUGACUCUUGGGUGAGCAACGGCACCUAUUUGGAACUUAGAAAAGAUCUUGGUUUUUCCAAACUGGACCAUCCUGUCUUAUGGUGAAAAAGUAAAGAAGAAAGAUAACGUUAGUGUAUUUCUCCCGUGCUUGCCUUCUGAAGUGGCACAAACCUGUGUUCAUAUAUUUAGAAGAUACUCUAGGAUGAUCACUUGUGCUUAGCUUAGCAUUGUAACUCUUUAAGUCUAUAUUUUCCUCAGUGCGUUUCUUUACAAUUUCAAAUGUUACCCUGAUUGUUUAUAUGAAUGUAGAACACCUUGACAUUUCUUUUUAUAUAUAAACUAUUUAAUAAAAAUGAAAGAUUGAA